GUACACUGUGCACAUUAUUGCAUUAUAACGUCGAUAUUAUACAGAAAAGGACAAACACAUAAUCUUUUCAGAAAAACCAUGCAGCAGUUAUUUUUUAUGGUUUUGUUUCUAGUAAUGAUUGGAAGUAUCUGUGUUAAGUGUCAAGGUCCUGACGACAAAUGGUGGAAUCUUCUGAUGACACAAGGAUUAGCUUGUAGAAAUGACACAUGCAGAAGAAAUGAUGCGACAUGCGAGUGUUAUCUUACAAUAGAACACAGGUUAACCAUGAUGAAUGAAAAGGACAGAAUUUUACUUUUACCUUUCAAGGGAAAAUUUCGACCAUUCAACAACGCAACAAAAACGUACAGUGAAGACGAAGAUGACGAUUUUAUCGCUGGAGACGGAUUUGGAUCUCGUAUGGUUAUAGCUGUCAACCGCCGCUUUCCGGGUCCACAAAUUACAGCAUACGAGAAUCAAAACAUAAUUGUACACAUGCGAAAUUUAAUGCACACCGAUAGUACAACAAUUCAUUUUCAUGGUUUACACCAAAAACGAACCCCGUGGUCGGAUGGUGUUGCUUUUGUUUCACAAUGUCCAAUUCUUCCGGGACAAAUUUACACAUAUUCAUUUUAUGCUAAACCAUUUGGAAUAAGUUUCUACCACGCACAUAUUGGAGAUCAGCGGAGUGCUGGUCUAUAUGGACCACUCGUUAUCAUACCAUUAUCGUCGGUGAAUAUAUCCACUCCACAGGAUGAUAACGAUGGAAAAGUUUACACGGUUGCAGUUCAGUACUGGAACCACUUUGAUGAACCAGAGACAUUGUACCAGCGCAUGCUCUUUGGAUCAUUUGACCUUCAACGGAAUGAGGUAAUUAAUACAACAUCUGAUAUAUCUGGCGCUAAAUUUAGUCGUUUUCACUGUCAUUCUGGUAUAAUAAAUGGAAAAGGUCGAUUUUACAAUAAGUUGACGACACACAACCAAGCUCCUCUGACAAAAUACGAUGUUGAACCGAACACAGAGUAUCGUUUUAGAGUCAUUGGUGCAGCAACUUUAUAUCCUUUUCGUGUCUAUAUUGAAGGUCAUAAAUCAAUUCGUAUAGUUGCGUCUGAUGGAUUUGAACUCGAACCAAUUGAAGUAGAAUCUUUGAUUAUACAUCCAGGGGAAAGAAUAGAUUUUAUUUUGAGAACUGACCAGGCUUUAAGUAAUUAUUUGUUAGUAGCGGAAACCCUAGAGGUAGAGCCAGCUUUUAAGGAUCAGUAUCACGCAGCCGAAGCAAUCAUACAUUAUAUUGGUGCAGAUUAUAAUGAUAAAGAACUGUAUCCCCCUAAGGCAAUACCGAAUAUCUGUUCAGAUAAAGAGCCAUGUAAGAUUUUUAAUUGUCCAUUUAUGUAUUAUCCAGAAAAAAACCGAAUCUGUCUGACAUGGAAUGACGCAAAAACAAUAGAUCCAAAUUCAAAUAUUGAUGAAGUUAAAGGGAUGGCAAUAGAACGAUUUUAUAAUUUUGCUUUUCCAGGAGAGAAUGGUUACACUCCAGGGUCAGUAAAUGGACAUCAAUUCCUACCCCCCACUGUUGCAGCAUACGCCGAAUGGAAUAAGGUUGAACAAAACUGUGGAGACUGUAGUGAUUCUAGCAUAUGUGAAUGUACAUACUACGACACAAUAGAUAAUGACAAUACCGAUCAAGUGUAUCAAUUUGUUAUGACAAACAUUGGUAAUGGAGCCGGCUGGUCACAUCCUAUUCAUUUACAUGGUCAUUCUUUUUACGUCAUGAAAAUGGGUUUUGCUUCUUACCGUCAAGAUGAUGGUAAAUUAAUAGCAAAUCGGGGGCAGGAUAAACAAGAUAUUAUAUGCAACGAUGGGAAAAAUUUCUGCAACAAUGCACAGUGGCGAAAUUCGACGUGGUCAAAUGGAAAUCAUCCUACUCUUAAUUGGGAUAACCCACCACAAAAGGAUACAAUAAUUGUACCGACAGGCGGAUAUGUCGUCAUCCGAUUCAAGGCAGAUAAUCCAGGCCUCUGGUUUUUCCACUGUCACAUCGACCUUCACAAUACCAAUGGUAUGGGAAUGAUGAUCAACGAAUCUCCAAGUUAUCAUCAAAAAGUGCCAAAUGACUUCCCUAGAUGCAAGAGUUAUAUCGUUAAUAACGGUGAUGUUUCAGGAUGUGAUACUGUUACACCAACAUUCGUCUUUAGACUGUCCUUGGCGGUAUUUAUGUACAUUAUCUCUGACAUUGUAUAGUUUCUUUGAUUAUCCUUGACGGUAUUUAUGUACAUUAUCUCUGACAUUGUUAUGAUUGUAUAGUUUUGCAUAUAAAUUAACUUUGAUGUGAAAAGUUUAGUUACACAAAGAUAAUUUAGGAAAUAUGUAGUUACGUAACUCACCGAAUUAUUGAAACUUAUAUUGUAUGCACAACAUAUUGAUAAGUUAGAUUAGGUAUUGUGUUAUAACUUAUUCGAAAGGAUUAAACACAAAGUGUUACAAUUUGCAAGGUUUUCUUUGUGCAUUCCAUGUAUGUACGAAAAGUCCACAACCUAAACUACAUGUAAAUAUGGAAUAUGGUGUAAAUUAAAACAAAGAUCAUCAUUAGAACAUCGUCGAUAUACACACAAUAUCAUCGGAGCUGUUUCGCUACUUUUGUACUGUUCAACGUGUUUGAAAGUAACUUUGUUACAAUGACGUGGUAUCCCGUCAUUGCUCUAUUAUAAUUUUUGUGUUCUUAUCUUCCAUUUUUGCAAAUACGCUUUGUCUUUAUGCAUUAUUGUUUUUUCCAUUUUUACAUAUAAACGUGGCUUCGUAAUUAUACAUCCGUAUUUUUGUACAAUGGUAAAUGUGUGUCUGUGUACAUUUUCGCUUAUAUUCUCGGUUAAAACGAAAUCGCCAAAAUAAAUUCCGCCAAUUUAAGAGUAUAUUUUAAGGAAAGAAUCAACGAUGUGAACCCGCGAAAAUAAUAACCGUCAAAAUACAUCUUUUUCAAUAAAAAUCACAAAUUUUACAUCCGCGAAAAUAACCCGCUAUACGGUAUUUGUUUGUUUCUAAAGUGAUUAAGAUGAUAAAAUAACAUUGCUUUUUCCGUUUGUUUAACAUUUAUACCUAUAUGUAUAUGUUUGUUUUGCACUCACAUCGUUUUCAGUAUAACGGAAUUUUAUGCGAAUUACAACGAACUACAACAAACAGGUUUAAUCCAUCGUUUUCUACAAGAAAAUGGCUGUACCAAGUCAGGAAUAUGAUAUUUGUUAUCUAUUCGUUUGAUGUGUUUGAGUUUUUGAUUUUGCCAUUGUUUAUGGACUUUCUUUUUUUAAUUUUUCACAGUAUAUUUGUGAUAAUGCUUUAUUUUAGAUCUAAUCAGAUAAUUAAAUGAAUGCUUUCCACUGUUUAUAUAUAUGUUUAGAUACUUUUAAAAAUUAUGAAGUGAUACAGAGAUGUCUCAUUGGCACCCAUAACACAUCUUCUUAUAUCUAUAAUUUUGUGAUGUUCAUUACUUUUCAAAUAUAAUUAUGUGUAUGUAUAUGCAAUGCUUGAAAUUAUUUGAAAUCUACACUAUCUAAGUAAAACAUGUUCUUUUGUAAUAUUUACAUUU